CAUGACAGCGAAUAAAUUAAUACGUUUAUAAUAAGCUCUACUAGCUGUCUCAAACAUAAAACAAGGGAAAAAAUAUUUUUAUCAUGGAAUCUUCUGGUGGUGAAAGUAGCAGUAUGAGUGCAGCUGAGAAAGCAAAAGAUCGCAUGGAGCGUCUGCAUAAAUUACAUUUGUUGAGAACUACAGCACGUAAACUGAAUCAUGCUGAAGUAGUUGCAGAAGAUGCUCGCAACAAAUUGCCAGCCAAUUUUGAGGCACGGCAGAGACAGGCGGAUUGGCUCGCCGCAAAUGAGAAGGGUAGAGCUGAAGCAGCGGCAAAAGGACUGGAUUAUGAUCGCAUAAAGCUACUCAAUGUAUCGGCAGUUGAAGCUGCAAACAAUGAGAAAAAGAAGCGCAAAAAGAAUCCAGAUCCAGGCUUCACAGACUACGAAACGUUGACCGCUAGGCAAUAUAAUCGUCUUGUAAAACAGUUUCCUGAACCAGAUAUGGACAAAUAUCAAAAUAAACGACAACAAGUUGGAGACGAAAUAUUCUACGGUGGUGCUCAUACGAUAUCACAAGGAACACAUAAAGAUACACCGCAGGCCAUUAACAAUAUGGUGAAUGAUUUGGAACAGCAAAUUAUGAAGCGCAAAAGCUUCUCGAGACGACGCACUCACAACGAUGACGCUGAUAUCGAUUACAUCAAUGAGAAGAAUGCUCGUUUCAACAAGAAGCUGGAACGUUUCUAUGGCGAACAUACAGCAGAAAUCAAACAAAAUUUAGAAAGAGGAACGGCCAUUUAAUAUCGUUGUUUUUCCUUCUACCAUAUAGAACUUGCAUCUUGUUUCUUCAAUAAAAAGCGAUUUAGGGAAAAUUGACUAGCAUUUUUCAAGAUGAAGGACAAGGUUCAAUGUUUAAUGACACCAUUUUAAGCUGCACACAUAAGUUUUAUGUAUCUUAAAUACUACGCAGUUACCAAUGUGGUUUGGUGGUUGCGCUUGAGUUUUACAUAAAAAUGCGCCAAUUUAAUAUAGGACAUAAAUAAAUUGAAAAUAAGAAUACAA